AUGGGGGAUAUCGUUCCUAGUACUCGUACAAAAGCACUGAAUACUUCCUCAAUCCAUUGCCCUAUGUUAAACUCAACCAACUAUACCGUAUGGGCCAUGCGGAUGAGGGUUUUGCUCAGAGUACACAAGGUCUGGGAGACUGUUGAAACAAAGGCGGCCGAUGGUGAGAAGAACGAUGUUGCUAUGGCCCUGAUUUUUCAAUCAGUACCCGAGACACUCAUUCUACAGGUAGGAAAGUUAGACACGGCGAAAAAGGUAUGUGAUGCAAUCAAAUCAAGACUUGUAGGAGCAGAAAGGGUGCGAGAGGCAAGGUUGCAGACUCUUAUGGCCGAGUUUGACAAACUCAAGAUGAAGGACACAGAGACGAUAGAUGAUUUUAGUGGAAAAUUGUCCGUAAUCUGCUCAAGGUCGGCUGCUUUAGGAACGACUAUUGAGGAACCGAAGAUUGUCAAAAAGUUUCUCAAAAGUCUUCCGAGAAAGAAAUAUAUACACAUGGUAGCUUCACUUGAGCAGGUGUUAGACUUGAACACCACAAGCUUUGAAGACAUAGUCGGAAGACUAAAAGCCUACGACGAACGUAUUCGAGAAGAAGAAGAAGAAGAAACGCAAGAUGAUCAAAACAAGCUCAUGUACGCAAACAUGGAACCUCAGGAAAAUCGUGACUACAGUGGAGAGAAUAGAGGCAGAGGUCGAGGAGGACGCUUCUAUAGCAGAGGACGAGGUCGUGGACGAUUCAAUGGAGCCAGAGAUUUGUCAGAGAUAACAUGCUAUCGAUGCGACAAAACAGGGCAUUACGCUUCUAAUUGCCCUGACAGACUUCUCAAACUUCAAGAGACUCAGGAAGACGACGACGUUGAUGACACACAUGAAGCUGAACGACUCAUGAUGCACGAGGUGGUGUAUCUGAAUGAAAAAAGGGUGAAGCCAAACGAAUUUGAAAAAAGCCGUGAAGGAGACAAUGUUUGGUAUUUGGAUAAUGGUGCUAGUAACCAUAUGACUGGAAACCGAAAUUACUUUUCAAAGAUUGACGAGACAGUCACAGGAAAAGUAAGAUUCGGCGAUGACUCUCAGAUAGACAUAAAGGGGAAAGGAUCGAUCCUCUUUGUCAGUAAAGAUGGAGGAAAAAAAGUGGUUGCUAAUGUCUAUUUCAUACCAGAUUUAAAGAGUAAUAUUAUCAGUUUGGGACAAGCAACAGAGGCUGGAUGUGAUGUUCGGAUGAGAGGAGAUUAUCUGACAUUACAUGAUCAAGAUGGAAGACUCCUUAUGAAGGCAAACAGAUCAAAGAAUCGUUUAUAUAAAGUAAUCAUGGAGGAGUCGCAUGGAGCUGCAUUGAAGCAGGUUUUGAGGUAUUUGCGUGGAACUCUCAAUUUUGGUGUUGAAGAUUUCUCUAAGGAAGAUUUCAAGUUUAAAGGGGAGAUUGUUGGAAUAAACUUGAAAGAAACUUGA